GAGAGAGAGAGAGAAAGAGAGGGAGCAUGCAGGCGAGAGGGAGAGAGAGAGAGAGAGAGAGAAUCUCACACUGGCUGUCUCCUAAUCCCAGUCCAUCUCUAAGAGGGAGCAGAGGGUUAGUGAAGUGAUCCAGAGCCAGCAUAGCGUCUCUUCUCCACCAGCUAGCACCACUUGCGUGCUCAUACACACACUCUCACACACACACACACACUUGCAACGGGAUUCCGCGGUGGGUCCGCCUGCCUGCCUGCCUGCGUGUCCAGGUCUAUUGUGAGCGUGAGGAGAUUGUUGUGCCUCCAGUCGGUCCAGCCAGCCAGCCAGCCAGCACAGCCCCAGUGCGUUUGGGAGCAGGGGACCCCAGCUGGGCUGUUUUGAGGGGCACAGGAGUCUAAAGAAGAGGAGGAGGAAGGAAAGAGGAGGAAGAGGAGAGAGUAAGUGCACUCAACGCUGGAAAGGAGUCAACGCUGGAAAUGCCCAUCAGAUUAGGCCAUCCUGGAACAACUUCUGGGGGUCUGAGCCUGUCACAGCCUCGGCCAAUCGCAGCCUGCGUUAGAGGUGGCGGCUGCGUGUGAUUGGAGGAUGGCGACCAUGCCGUUCGUCAGCGAGGGAAAGUGUGUGAGCGUGGAAUGGGACUUCCUACAGGGACUACUGGCCAAACCCCCCACCCUGCCCUGUUUGCAGAACCUGCGGAAGGAGAAGUCUCGUAAUGCCGCUCGUUCCCGUCGCGGCAAGGAGAACUUUGAGUUCUUUGAGCUGGCCAAGAUGCUCCCUCUCCCCGGGGCCAUCACCAGCCAGCUGGACAAGGCCUCGGUCAUCCGCCUCACCAUCAGCUACUUGCACAUGCGCACCUUCGCCAGCCAGGGAGACCCGCCCUGGUGCCCCCUGCUGGAAGGAGAGAACCACUGCAGCAAAGUGCGACGCUCCUCCCACUCUCUGGCCACUGACAUGUUCGAACAGCACCUGGGAGCACACUUGUUACAGUCCCUGGACGGCUUUGUGUUUGUGGUAAGCUCAGAGGGACGCUUCCUCUACAUAUCAGAGACUGUUUCCAUCUACCUGGGCCUCUCACAGGUGGAGUUGACGGGCAGCAGUGUGUUUGACUACAUCCACCCAGCGGACCAUGUGGAGAUGGCAGAGCGUCUGGGCAUCAGGCCCCACCUGAGGGCCGAGGCUGGCUGCCACGUGGCCCCCGAGAGCGCUUCCAGCUCUGCCUCCACAUCUUCCCUGGCCGGGACCCCCGAGCCUGCCCCCUCAAGCCCCCUCUCUCCUGGGAAUGAACCUCCUGACCGAGGCUUCUUUAUCCGUAUGAAGUCCACCCUCACCAAGAGAGGCCUCCACGUCAAGUCCUCGGGCUACAAGGUCAGAGUGAUCCAUGUGACCGGGCGAAUCCGCUGUCGCCCUGCCAUGGUGCCAGGCUCCGCCCGCUCGGUGCGUCGGCCAAUGGGCUUGGUGGCACUUGCGCACACGCUCCCGCCCUCCACGCUGAACGAGGUGCGCAUGGAGAGCCAGAUGUUUGUCUUCCGGGUCAACAUGGAUUUGCAGGUCACCUACUGCGAGAACAGGAUCUCAGAGUACAUGGACCUGAGCCCGGCAGAGGUGGUGGGACACACCUGCUACCACUUCAUCCACGUGGAAGACCUGGAUAACAUCAGACAGAGCCAUGAGGACUUGUUGAGGAAGGGUCAGGUGGUGACCGGGUACUACCGCUGGCUCCAGAGGAGAGGGGGUUAUCUGUGGGUCCAGUCCUGUGCCACCGUCUCCAUCAACCACAAAGCCCCCCACGAACGCAACGUCAUCUGGGUCAACUACGUCAUCAGUCGGACAGAGCUCCCAGACACUCCCCUGGAUCUGCUGCAGCUCCCAGAGAGUCUGAGGGCGGAGCGUCUGAAAGCCAGCUCCUCCCCUUCUGAACACUCACCACAAACCCGGGGCCCACAGCCAAUGAAAAGCUCUGUGUGUAAAGGUGACCCUGACUCGAAACUGAGAGAGAUCUAUAAUCCCGGUGUCCAAUCAGGGGACAGGAGGAAACGUCCGCUGCGGUCUGACUCUGAGGGUGCGCCCGCGGAAACGCGGCGUCGCCUGGAAGAGUUCCGCCAGAGAGAGCGGAGUGUGUCAGCCUCCUCAGACCUGGGCAGCGAGAGCGGGGGAGAGGAGAGAGAGUGGGAGCAUGGGGGAGACAGCGCGAGUGUCAAACGAGAGGAGGGGCCUUCGAAACGAGGCGAGGAGACCCCCAUGAGGGGCGGCGGGGCGCACAACGGCCGUGCGGUAAUCCAGCACCUGAAGAGUGUAGUGUCCUCGCCUCUCUCUGGCCGCCCCAACAUCAAGACUGAACAUGAGGCACUCAUCACAGGGGGUCGCUGGACACACACACACACCUCCUCACACAUACAACCCCUACCCUCACACGCACACACACCCUGCGGCAGCCUGAACGGCGACAGUCCCCUCACCCCUAUCCCGGACUCCUCCUCCAGCAGUGAAGCCCCACCCAAUGGUAUUUUCACCCCGCCCUCCCCCUCCAUGUCUCCUCCGAUGUCCGGCUCCUCCCCUCUACCCUGUGAGGAGCGGGGAAUGUUGUCUGGAGGCAGGGGGGGCGGGCCGGACUUCGAGCUGUUGCAUAGACUGGCAGCGGGGGGUGCUGCAGGACGGGUGUUGUUUCACCCCCUGGCCCUCGGCCCCCAGGGGCCACAGAGCCUGUACGCCCCCAGUACCAUCCGCUAUGCACCCCCAGAGCUGCCCCACUCCCACCUCGGUGCUGAGGGGCUGCGCUCCGACCACCACAAGGGCCCCCCAGCCUUCUUUCCCCACCUCCAGAGGCUGGCCGGCCUGCCCUCCUUCAGUGGGUUCUCCGCCUCGGACAAUCCCUUCAACCCCUUCUGUGUGAACGGACUGAGGGGGGCUGCGGGGUCCGAGGAGGACUGAAAGAGAGUAGGGGCUAGAGAGAGAGACAUGGGGGGCAGGACAUUGGGACAUAUGGGGUUGGGAAACUGAACACAGGACCAUUUGCACAGCUUCCGUGGGGGAGUCAGACGGUGUCCGACGCAGGUGACAGGAUAGGUGACACUCAAAGUGAACUUUGACACUUGACUUUACCCCACGCGCUGUCCAAGCUUUGUCCCCCUCUCUGCUCUACCACGUCCUCUCUCCGCUGCUGUUAAAUGACUGUGCAGUGUUCCAUGUCUAAAGCCAUAUUGUACAUAGAGACAGGGCCAUUUACAUACCUUCACUACUCCUUCCUCAGUAUUAUAACAACUGCUCCUGAGCCUGUCAGACUGACUUAAGUGUGAAUGAAAAAAAGAGAAAAAGAAAAUGGAUGACAUUUUUGUCCCCCCUGAAUCAUCUCUUAAAGAGAGAGUGAGAGAGUCUCAGAUACAUUCCAUUCCACUCCGAGGCUGUUCUGUCAUGAUGUCGUCCAGGAAAGAAAGGCAUGGGAGGCGGGAACGUACAACACCUCUACUGUCUGGUCACUUUGUAAUGUUUUCAGUCUUGUAAAAACUGAAAAAAUGAUCCUACAGAAAUGAAGUGUUGUGAAAGUUAGAGAUGCUGGGCUGUGCUGGGUUUGAGAUGAAAGCCAUAGUCCUGUUAUAUUGUCAUGUUGUUGCCAUAGGGUGAAGUGGGAGAGGUGUAAGAACUAUUGUCUUACUAGAGAACAUACUUUGGGAAAUGUCACAGUUGAAUUCAGAAGCCCUCUACAAAUGUAUUGAAAAUAAAGGGUUU